AAAGUUUACGCCGAUACAAAAGUUUCAUUUUUAUAAAUUUAAUUAAAUUUAGCAGUAAAAACACAUGAUAUCAGUUUAAAUGGACACUCAAAAUGUUGUCAGUGAUGAAGAGCUUAUAGACGAAUAUUCAGAACAGUCGGGAAGUCAAGGAAUAAAGAGAAAAUAUGACGAUUUGGAAAAUAACGAGGAAGAAGAGGAAGGAGGCAGCUCACAAAACUCUAAUUAUGACAAUUCUUCUGUUGUCGCCAAGCAUUAUAAUCAGCUCCAAGAAAAAGGACUUGCUGAAAGGUUCAAUUCUAAAAUCUUUUAUCUUAGAAAUUUCAAUAAUUGGGUCAAAAGUAUGCUCAUUAGUGACUAUCUAGAAAAGAUCAAGGACUCUAUUCGAUUUGGCUCUCCGUUGCGAGUUUUGGAUAUGUGUUGUGGAAAAGGCGGUGAUUUAUUAAAAUGGCAAAAAGGGAACAUUACAUAUCUUAUAUGUACAGACAUAGCCAGUAUUAGUAUAGAGCAGUGUCGUGCUCGUUAUGAAAAGAUCACCAACAAUGAUCCACCAGACAGAAAAUCAUUUCAUGCAGAGUUUUUUACUGCUGACUCAACUAGAGAUCGAUUAAGAGAACGCUAUUCUGAUCCAUCAAUUGAACUGAAUUUAGUAAGUUGUCAAUUUGCGUUUCAUUACUGCUUCGAAUCACCAAAACAAGCUGAAAUGAUGCUUAAAAAUGUCUCUGAAUGCUUACGAGUUGGUGGCUAUUUUAUUGGAACGAUUCCUGAUGCCAAAGACAUAAUUAAAAGGCAACGUGCCGCACAAACAGACUCUUUUGGAAAUGACAUUUUUCAGAUUAAGUUCAUAUCUGAUUCCAAUGAUCUUCCUAUUUUUGGAUCUAAAUAUAAUUUUGGUCUCGAUGGAGUUGUCGACUGUCCAGAAUUUCUCGUUCAUUUCCCGUCAUUUGUUAAGCUCGCAAAAAAAUUCUCAUUGAAAUUAAUCGAAGCUGUUCGAUUUGAAGACUAUUUUCCGAAAAAGAUUGGCAGAGGACGCUCACUGAUUGAAAAGAUGCAGGCUGUCGAAAGAUACGGAUUAAAUGGAAAUAGAAAUUUAACAAGGUCCAACGAGGAAGAAUAUAAGCAUGCGAAAGACUUUCUUCUUCAAAAAGGCGGAUAUGACAAUCGAAAGAAAUGUGGGACUCUUUCAGCAUCCGAAUGGGAAGUAGCUUCUUUGUAUAUGAUAUUUGCCUUUCAAAAAGUCAAAGGACCAAUCGAAUGAUGUCGAUGUUAAUAAAGAUGGACUCGAAAGACGUAACGGAAAUAGUAUCUAUUGUGUUAUCAUGUGUUUUUACCCUUGUUGCAUUCAAUGAGAAGAUUUAUACUGUAUUUGUAAUAUAAAUAUGUUCCAU